AUGAAAGUUAAACUUGAUAGUUUACCAACUGAAUUAUUAUUGAUCAUAUUUUCAUGUUUAUCUUUCAAACAACAGAUUCAUGUACGAAGAAAUCAAAUUAAUUUAAAACAAAUACGAAAAUUAAUAAAACGAAAAGCUAAUGAAGAGAUUUAUUGUAUCUUUCAUCCUUCGAAAAAAUAUCUUUUAUAUGAUAAGAGAUAUGUUUUAAGUCAACAUAAGAAAAUAUGUGAUAGAUGCCAUAAAUUUCGUUCAUUAGAAGAAAUCCUUGUUUCGAAUGCGCAAUGUGAUAUAGAUUGUAUUAUUCGUGAUAAGAAAAAGCGAAUUGAGAAAUUGUCAAAGAAUAAAUGUUGUGAGUAUUUUGGUUUAUGGAAAAGAGAAGAGA